GCCACUGUCAACGCAAUUCAGUCACUCAACGCAAUGUCUACAAACGAACCGGAUCAGCAGACGGGGGUGAGACAAGAGCAGCAAGAGUCACAGGAUGAUGAGCAGCAGCCGCAUUCUCGUAGGCGCGACGAUACCCCGGCCACUGAGAGUGCCGGACAAAACCGCACAGCAUGCUUGAACUGUCGCGCCAUGCGGCAGCGCUGCGACCGAAACAUGCCGUGCUCGCGCUGUCUUUCGCAGGGACGCAAGUGUCGUUAUCCGGCUGGUUCUAAUCGUGGCCGUAAGCUGGGAAGCAUGAACAAACCUACGACUGUUGAGAAGCUACUGUCCCGAAUCAACGAAAGCGGCGUACGAGACCAGGUGGUUGCGGCUCUGCUCAACUCUAACGUGGACCGCUCGAAUCAUGCCCUGUCACCUAUACAAGGCCAAGAAACCACGUCCGCCGCCGUCCGCGCGGAUUCCCUUCGUCCAAGUGACCGUCAACCGGGCUUCAACCACCACGACACCGAGUUUGACGCCCGGCAUCCCCUCGUCUCUCCCUUGAACAUGAUGGCCGCUGCCGUCGCGGCCGAGAUUGUCCCCUCUCCCCAGAACUCCCGCCCGCAAAUAGGUUGCUUUUUUAAAAACCAGGUCGGCCGCAGAGGGGUUGUGGAAGUUUUCGAGGAGCGAUUGGCUAAAUACUUCGCCCCUCACACAACGCAGCAGACGGACUGGCAGGUGUUGGCCUCUCAAUCGGUAGACCACACCUUGAAGCUGGAAACAACUGCUUGCGAUCCUAUCACGGCGCGGCUGAUUGACCAAAGCGAUGUCUCGUGGUAUUUCAAAUUGUUUUUCAAGAUUCGCAACCCAGUUGUAGGCCUGCUGGACCCCGUCUUACACACUCCUGAAUAUGUCUACUCCGCAUCCUUCACUCUCUUCUCGGUUGUGUGUGCCCUAGGCUGCGCUGUCUCGGUACGCCCCAGAGAUAGAGUGCUUUACCCUGCUUUAAUAUCUUUAGCGGAAGGGAGUAUGAAGUGGUCCAUUGCAGUUUCAGUCAAAUCUCUCGAGACCAUCCAGGCCAUCAUCAACAUGCAGUACUGGGCACCAAUUUGCCAGAGGCAAUCGGACGACCCUUGUUGGCUGCACUUGAGCCAUGCUGCACAGCUCGCAAGAGAAUUGGGUAUCCAUAAACCCUCCACAGUUGCCGACCUAGUUCACGCCUUAGCCCCAGAUGCAACUGCCGAUUAUAGAGAGCGGCUCCUUCGGAAUUUCGAGAGGACUUGGCUCUACGUAUUCAUCGCCGACAAGAGCUUCGGCAUCAUAACUGGCCGCCCCAUAAGCGUCUCUUGGAAGGAACUUCCGGUCUCCGUGAGCGAGUGGUGGAAAAGGCCGAUGACUAGCCCGCACGAUCGGGUCAUUUGUGGUAUUGUGGAAGUAAGGAGGCUCUUGUUGGUCGCCUUGGAACAACAAAAGCGCACAGAACGGACAUUGAAGUCUAUCCUUGACUGGCAUUCACAUGCUUUCGGAACAUUGGACCAGAUCCGUACCGCCCGAUGCACCUCUGACGGUUCUGCAUCAGCAGAGUUUCUCCCAGUACUUGCUUUCUACAUGGACCAUAGCAUCCUGGUCCUUAGUGCCCAGGCCUUGAGAGAUAUGACUGCCCUGGAUGAAACCAUGACAUCGAGAGAGCUAUCAGCAGUCUCUCAAAAGACUUUUAAUGUGGCCAGCCGAGUUCUCGACCUUGUACUUUCCGACCCGGUGUUCCGCGAGCUCAUGUUCGGAUUCCACAAUAACAUGUACAUAAUGAUUUGCCAUGCAGUCACGGAGAUCCUUCAGGCUGUUAAACGCGGUGGCCUAACUUCGACGGACGUUGCGGAAGCUUCUUCCAAAGUACGUGCGAUUCCAGACCAUCUGGAAGUGAUCGCGGACCAGCUCCCACCCACUUCAGCAGCAAAUCUGUACAUCGGACUCUCCAAGUUCUUUGUGUGCAAGCUUGACAAUAUUGCCAGCCCUGGAGAUGACAGCGAAUGCGGAGGCAAUACGCAGGACCCGUUCGUUUCCGACUGGUGGAAAUCUGUUGACCUUGCUUUGCUCGAUUCUACCGCCUGGAUUGACAUGAAUUUCCUCAGCUCCGAACCUCCUAUUAACACUCAAACCUGGGAUGGUGCAGAGGACCCGAGUCUAGGCGAUUUUGUAUUCCAUUGAUCACUCUAGAUGUGGCGAUUGUACGUAUCUGUCAUUCAAAGAGAAACGAAGUAGACAAUACCGGCCACUGUUCAAACCAUCUUCACUUGUAGUUAGAUGAUUAACAAAGGC